GAGAUUCUGUGUGAAGCCCUUGGAGAAAGCACUGAAGUUUUCUGAACUCUCCUGUGUAUUAGAGCCAGGGAAUCUGUCCACCAGGUACUGCCAAAAAGCCAGUUUCUCAGAGAUAAAGGCACACUUGCAUGCCAGAAAGGUGCUACAGAGCCAUUACCGAUAUAAUCGGACAUUCACCAGCAGGGGGGAAGGUAUUUGCAAUUCAGCUGAAGGACAGCUUGCAGUGGAACUGCCUGAGCCCUUUACCCAGCAAGGAUUUUUCCAACACAAAGGGUUGGUGUAUAGGAAGGGGGGGUGUCCCUAGGCACUACUCCUUCUCUCCACUUGUCUUCUUUCUGCUCAUGACAACAAUGAAUAUCUAAAGACACUGAACCAAGGGGAGUGGUCCCAGGCUGGAAGAAGAUACAACCUGUGAAAUGUAUUACAGCUAAUGGGCUGGAUUGGCCUCUCGCCUACUACCAUGGCUUACUCUGGAGCUUCAACAAUUGAGAUGCCAGCCCUGGGCCGCCCUCUUCGGCUGGGGAUGCUGUACGACUGCCGCAGCGACACUCUCAUACCAGGUAUCACUUUAUGGGGCAUUGAGGCUCUUAAGAAAGAUGUGGAGACAAUGCCAAAGCACAAUACUGAAUUCCAGAUCAUUGCGUCUGACUCCAUUGAAGAUAAGGCCUCAGCCCUCAGUCUGUCUGGAUCCCUGAAGGCCAGUCUCCUGGGGGGGAUGGUGGGAGUAGGUGGAUCUGCAGCAUUUUUAAAUGAUACCAAGAAAUCAAAAAAUCAGGCUCGAGUUGCUCUCCACUACUCAGUGACAAGCAGGUUUGAGCACCUGACUAUGAGCCAGUUGGGUACCGAGAACGUCUCUUAUCCUGCUGUGUUUGACCAAGGCACGGCCACCCAUGUGGUCACGGCUGUGCUGUACGGGGCGCAGGCUUUCUUCGUGUUUGAUCGGGAAGUUUCUUCAUCAGAGAGUAUGCAAGAGAUAGAGGGGGAAAUGAAACUGAUGAUAGAAAAGAUCCCAAAGGUUUCUGGCAGAGCAGAGGUGUCUGGGGAAAAGGGGAACAAGGCGGAAGAAAAAGCUGAAAAUUUCAGUUGCACAUUUUAUGGAGAUUUUGCUCUGGAGAACAAUCCGGUUACUUACCAAGAUGCCAUGGGAGUUUACUCCACUCUCCCUAAGCGGCUUGGAGUCUCUGGUGAAAACACUGUACCGGUGCGAGUCUGGCUGUACCCACUGAGCAAGCUGGAUUCCAGAGCCGCUCAGCUAAUGCGUGAGAUCAGCUCAGUGCUGGUUUAUGAUGCUCAAAGUGCCAUGGAGCAUCUGACUGAGUGCGACGUCCGAUGCAACGACAUGGUGAAGGACAGAAUGGCUACAACCUUCCCUGAGAUCCAGAGGAAACUCCAGCAAUUCAGAGAUCUGUGUAAACAACACAGACAGACCUUCCAAAAAGAGUUAGCUAGAACCCUGCCCUCUAUUCGUGGAGGCAGAGCAGAGGAGGGAGCCCUGGUGGAGAUUUUAACCAACAAGGAGCAAUCGCCAUAUAGUACUCAGAGAAUCAAUGAAUUUCUAGAUAAGAAACAGGAAGAAAUGGAUUUUGUCAAUUCCUACCUGGCUGAGCUAGAGGAGGUGGAAGUUGUAUCCUCCAGGAGUGAGCUACAACGUAUAGUUCUCAGCCACAGGCAUAAUUGUGUUGUCUGUCUGGCACUCACUUCAUUGCACAAUGAGGAAUCCUAUUUGUCAGAAUUGAACCUUUGGCUCCGGAGACAAUUUGUGAAGAACAUUCAUGUUCCAGCAUUAGCCAGUUCUGCCUGUGAGACACCAAAAUCCAAACAGUGGUUUGAGGAUGAAGAGAUAAGAAGAAAAGCACGACAAGCCGUAAAGUCCUUCUCUGACUUUGCUCGUGUCAAUAAAUCUAAUGGGAAAACUCGGUUAAUUGUAGCCUCUGUUCCAGACAAGGACAAUCCAGGAGCUUCCAUUUACCUGUAUGAAGAUGGAGACGUGGUCAGUACCAACUUUGAGUUUCCAUCAAAACCUUUCCCUUUACUGUGUGACGGCAUCAGACAUGACCGUGUGCAGCUCACGUUUAAUCCAGCAGCCUAUGGCAGGGCUGCGAUAUCCGGCUAUUGGGCAGAGUACAGAAUUGUAGGGCAGGAGAACUGGACAGCUGUGAAUGUAAAUAACACACAAGUGACAUUCACAGUAACAGGGCUAUGUGCAAACACCGAGUACCAGUUCCAAUACGCUGCAGUGAGCAAACCAGGACUCAGCGAGAGCAGUGACAUGAGUGAUCCUGUGAAGACUCUUCCCCCAACCAGCCCUCCUGGGAAGCCUGUAACAGAUACUGUAGAUUCAUCUGCCAUUUCCCUCAGCUGGGAGAGUCCAAGUGUCACAGGAGAUGGAGUCAGUGUAAGGGAGUAUAAGGUGGAAUAUAAAGAAAAGGCAGGAGAUAUGAGCCAGGAGGGGAAAGGCAAAUGGCUGGAACGAAGGACAGGAGACAGAACUGAAUCUUGUACCAUUGACGGGCUGAGGCCUGAGACGCCCUACAGAUUCCAAGUGUCAGCUGUGUGUGCGGAUGGGGCUGUGAGUGACCCAAGUGAGGAGACUCUGAUUUCAACACUAAAGGAAGAUUUGCAUGUAAGACAGACUGAGCCAGUUCCAAGAGCUACCAAGGCUGCUGAAGAUGCAAUUUCAGACAAUAGAACAUUUGCUGGACUCUCCAAAAAGCAGAUUAAAGAAUUGCAGGACACUAUUGCAGCAGGAAUUUUCAGAGAUGUGAUAGUUAAACUUCAGAACAUAAAAUCAUUAAAAAUCACUAUGCUUCACAUUGCCAUCACAGGUGAGUCAGGUUCAGGAAAAUCGAGCUUUUUAAAUGCCUUCUGGGGUCUGAAUGAUGAUGAUGAAGGUGCUGCUGAAACUGGGGUGCUUGAAACAGGAAGGGAACCAACACCUUAUCAACAUCCUAAACACCCAAAUGUAACAAUAUGGGACCUACCAGGGUGUGGGUCGCCUAGGUUUCCCUUACAUACAUAUAUGAAGUCAGUAAAUUUCAACCGCUAUGACUUAUUCAUCACUGUGUUCUCAUCACACUUCAGAUCCAACAACAAAAUCCUCAUCAAUGAGAUUCGGAGGGUGGGAAAGAAGUAUUACUAUGUGCACUCCAAAGUGGAUCAGGAUCUGCGUUAUGCUAGGUACCACAAAUCCUACAGUGAGCAGAGAAUCCUGCAGGAGGUCAGGGAUCACUGCAUAAAACACUUGAAAAGAGAAGGGGAGACUUCCCCCAAGGUUUUCCUUAUCAGUCGCUGGGACCCAGACAAAUAUGAUUUUCCCCUCCUACAGGAAACACUGGAGAAGGAAAUAGAUAAAUCUAGCCCCUGUGUCAUGUGCUGAUGUCCUUACUCCUGCCCAGAUCUCACCUCAGCUUCUGGCCCAGCCAUCUCUGUGAUACCAUUGCUGUGUUAGAGCCAGGACUUUGGCUUGGACAAUGGCUCACUGCACUGGCUAGGAAGGCUGAUAGUUCUGUUGCUGAGCUGAAGUCUGUUGUAAAAAAGUUCCAGUGGCCAAUGCGAAAACAAGACUUUGUAUUGUGUCUACACACGGCACACCGACAGCUGUCAGUCUUCUGGAUCUUCUACCGUGUUUCGUUCUGCAGCAGCUGGAUGAGAGUCUGCAACAAGAUCCUACACGUUGAAGAGAUUUUUGAAUGACGUAACAGGAGUUGCCCAAUGCUCUGUCUCAAUCCAAAAGCUGAAUAGUUCAAAUAACAAUAACAAAGGUUCCAAUGCACCUGCACAGAAAGCAAGAGACAGGUGUCUCAACAGCUCGCAGAGGAUGAAACAAAUUCCUAAUGUUUGUAGCUGAAAUGUCUUUUAAACUAUCAGAUACAUUAGCAAGUUCCCAGCUCUUGUGAUUAACUAUACAGGCAUAGUUAAGGCAAAUGGCUUCUCUUUCCUGUUUCUCUUUAACCAGUGUAAGGGGUCUAGUGUAAUAGAGCCAAGACACUGAUCUGUUUGCUUCCACUUUUCCUCUCUCUCUCUCUCUCUCUCUCUCUCCAGGUUUCCUUUGCUAUUAGUAGUCUGGUUAGAUGCAUUUUUUUUGUCUACUGUGAGCCUGGGGUCAUUUUGUGACCCACUUUCUAAAAAAAAAAAAAAAAAAUGCCAAAAAAAAAAAAGCGCAUUCACUUGUCAGUACUUUGCCUGGGUCACUUUUAUUUUUGAAGGGAAUACAACACCCCUUCUCAACAUCCCACAAGGUUUUCAGGAACUUCUGGAAAUACAUUCCAGUUUGGAUUCCUUGCUGGGUCCACCUUCCCCUUUGAAACUUAUUCCUACAAAUCAGACAUUUUAUCACUCGAUGUUUUAUCACUUGAUUGAACUGAGUGCAAUUAUCUUGAUGAUAUUCUUCCCCUUACAAGUAUCUGAGACGAUUUUCAAAGUUGGAUACAUUCCUUAUAAGCUUCUCCUUGUGUCUCUAUUGUAACUAAUGGCAGCGUCUCCUUCUGUUUUGAAUUACAGAGAGGCACCCAACAAUGCUCUGUGCUGAUUGGUUCUUUGCUCCAACUCUCCCCUUAGGCACUACUGUAGUAAACAGCAUUAACAAUUAAGUAAUUAAAGCUUUUCUCUUUCUCCACAUUCAACUUUGCUGUUGACCAUUUUCCCCAAACUAUUUGCAAAAUUGCCAGCUUCAAAGCUAUUUGGACUGGGAAUGCUUCCCACCUAGCGUCCCUAUAUGAAAGUGACGGAUUAGUUCCCCUAGCUGAUCCCAUAAAUACUGUUUGAUAAAGGAGUGCUGCGACUGAAGAAUACCGUCUCAGGUCAGAUUUCAAAAUCAAGCUAAUGGGUAAAAUCCAGAGGUCCAUUGCCAUCAAUGGCAAA